AUGCAUCGCUUAUAUAUACUUAAAAUAAUAACUUACAUUAUAGUAGAUCCACUUAAUGCAACAAAAGUUAAAGGGAAAUUUGAAUUUAGAAUAGCUGAAAUAAUCUGGAUUGGAAUAGUACUUCCAGCAAAAUAGAAGAAAAAAAAUUAAUCUUCCUCUUUUUACUUUUCCAAAAUAAAAAUCUAAGCUGACUAUAGAACUCCUACCAAUAAAAUAAGAGAAUUCGCCCACAAGUUGAAGUAUUUUGGGAAAAAUAUCACAGUGAAAUGGUGA